UCUGUCAUUGUCGCUUGCAAUGCCAUCGUCAUCUGAUUGACAACAUCACAUACAUACAUCAUUCAUUCACAUGCUGCAUCAUCAUCAUCUGCAUGUAAGAAGAAAACAACGAAAUCGAAGAUCAAUGGAAAUCAAAUGAAAUACCCUCUUCUUCUUCUCUGAAAACCCCAUUCAUUCAUCCAUCAUCAUCAUCACCAUCACCGUCCUCGCACAAUGGAUGAAGAUUUGCUCAAACGCAACACCGAUUGCGUCUAUUUCUUGGCUUCACCCCUCACUUGCAAGAAGGGGGCUGAAUGUGAGUAUCGGCAUAACGAGGUUGCGAGGCUUAACCCGAGAGAUUGCUGGUACUGGUUAUCUGGAAGCUGCCUUAACCCAACUUGUGCUUUUAGACACCCUCCAUUGGAUGGGCAUACUGGAGGGCCAUCUGAACCCGCAAAAUCUUCAUUGCCUCCAUACAAAACAAUGGUUCCCUGUUAUUAUUUCUACAAUGGAUUUUGCAACAAAGGUGACAGAUGCUCAUUUUUGCACGGGCCCGAUGAUAGCUUUCUUAGUGCAAAGCCUGUGAAGAAUGACAAUGGCAGCACUACUAGUACACUCAAACUAGAAAAUAAAACUUCAUCAGGAAAUAAAACAGGUGUAGCAUCAACACCAAGUGAAACACAUGUUGACCAAUCUUUAACUGCCUCAAAAGCUUCUUCUGAUUUUAAACUUCAGCCUAAGGAAGAUCCUCAGCUACCAUUACCCGAAAAUGUAGGACAAAAAGGUGAUUGCCUGGAGCUAUCUGCUUUAGACUGCAAAGCAGCUUCAGUGACUGGUUCAGACUCUCUGCUUCCAGAUGAUGGCUUUGUUCGUAAAACAUCUGAUUUACACACUGAAGAGAGUUCAGAGGAACAAGUGAAUAGUCACAUAGAGCCUGAGGAGCGGUGGGAAUCGUCCCCUGGAUUUGAUGUUCUUGUUCAGGAUGAAUCAGAGAUCUUGGGUUAUGAGGAUGAUUCUGAAUAUUUACCAGUGCUUGAUAUGGAUGACCAGGAACUGAAUGAGCAAUACUCAGGGUAUGAAUUUAAAGAUCCAGCUGAGUAUGAUACUAUGUGCCCGGACGAUGAUAUUCUGUAUGAACAAGGAACAAAUGAUGUUUACAGAUGCUUCGAUAGAGAUUUUAUGUAUGCUAAUGGUGGAAAAAACCAUGCUUACACCAGAGAGAUAAUCUUGGAUUCCAUAUUUUCCAGGAAAAGGAUUCAUAUUUCGGAUGAGAUGGCUGCUUGUGACAAGAGCUUAGAUCUGCGUGAUCAUCUGAGGGGACGUAGGGAGAUUAAUGGUCCUCCUGGUACAGAUUUCUUAAGAAGGGAUGAAUCACCUUUGAUGUUUCAAAACCAGGAAAGGCAUCAAAGGCGUAGCAUUCAUCAGCGGCUAAGUAGAAGGUUGACAUCAGAAUUGGGAUUUAGCACUAUAGACUCGACUGGACAGGUUGAAGCUCUUUCAAUUGCUAACAAGCAUGGGGCAUUUAGGCAUUCCCAGCAACAUAGGCCAAGAAAGCACUAUAGAGAAAAGCAGCAGUUUCCUUCAUCUAAAGUAUCCAAGAAACCAGCUUCAAAGCGAAGGAGAUUUGUUCAGGAAUCCACUGCAUUUUCAGGACCUAAGACUCUUGCAGAAAUUAAAGAAGAGAAGAUGAAGAAGGCUGAAGGAAGUUUGCAUUGUGAAAGCACAUCAUCUGGUUUUGAGAAUCCAGAACCUCUGAGUGAAAUUGUCAAGGGCAAAAGGACCACGGGUUGAGUGAGAGAUGGCAAUACCUGAUGUUUUUUCCAUUUUUGUGAGUGGAAGGUUGUUAAGGCAUGUGGUGGAGAUAAUAGAUAGUAGAUAACAAGUGUUUUGACUAGAAGAGGUAUCUUCUGUAGUUAUUCGGACCUAAGAGUGGGUUACUGAUAUGCGUGAACUUUGUGAUUUUGGCCUACUCGUUUUUCUCGUAGAGCUCUACUUUUAAAUAGAUAAUACUAAUGAGUGAUUGGAAGAA